AUGAAGAAACUAAGUGAGCAAAAUAUGAAAAAUCGAAAGAUGCUUAAAGUCUCACAUGCUGGGGGUAGUAUGAGCAACGCAAGAAGAGCUCGUCAUAUGGAGCUACAAUUGAAUAGACUUGUAUGUGGUGUUGAGGUUAUAUUGUCAACUUUGCUUAAAAAGAAUGGAAACUAUGUGAAUGAGGAAGGAAAAUCCAUUGCAGAAAAGAUAUCAGAGAACUUGUCUCAAGAUCAAGAACGUGUUGCCACUGAAGGUGUUCCAUCAAAGAUUAAUGCAUAUCUAGAUGAUGUCAUUGGCAAAGUGUACGGAGCUGAACAUUCAGGUCGAGUGCGUGGUUUAGGUGUUGGUGUUUGUCCCACGAGUGUUUUCAAGACGCGCAAAUAUUUCACACAAUUUGAGAGUGUUGGUAGCUCUAGCCAAAAAAAUGUUGAGGAGUUACAAAAGGAAGUGCACACUUUGAAAGAAAAGCUAAAUGGAUAUGAAGAGACUAAGGAGCAACUUUCACAAACACAAGAUCAACUUAAAGUUCUCCUUAAUUUUAUGCAAAGAAAAUUUGGUGAUGAGUUACCUACUUUCAACCAAGGUUCUGAUUCUGAUAAUUAACGAGUAAAGGUCAUCUUGAUUUUUGGACUACAAAUGGAAGAAAUAUGUUGCUAUUCGGAUUGCAAAUGGAAG